AUGGCAGGGCAUCGUGCCUGCAUGUUUUCGGUGGCGUUGGCCCUUCUUGGAGUGCUUCUGGCAUCCAUUCCUGCAGGCAAUUCCCUUCCCUUCAUAUUAUCUAUCGGUGAGCAAGCUAGAGUACUAACUUCGGUUGCGCGUUUCACUAUUGGAAAACACACAGAGGUGCAGUCCAUCGGCGUGUGCUACGGCGUCAACGGCGACGGGCUGCCCUCGGCCAGCGAAGUCGUGCAGCUCUACCAGUCCAACGGCAUCACCGGCAUGCGCAUCUACUUCCCGGACGCCGACGCCCUGCAGGCCCUCAGCGGCUCCAACAUCGGCCUCAUCAUCGACGUGGCCAACGAGGACCUCGCCUCCCUCGCCUCCGACCGCUCCGCCGCCACCGCCUGGGUCCAGACCAACGUGCAGGCCCACCAGGGCCUCACCAUCAAGUACAUCGCCGCCGGCAACGAGGUGGGCGACCAGGGCGGCGACACGGGGAACAUCCUCCCGGCCAUGCAGAACCUCGACGCCGCCCUCGCCGCGGCCGGGCUCGGCGGCAUCAAGGUGUCCACGUCGGUGUCGCAGGGCGUGACCACCGGGUUCCCUCCCUCCCAAGGCACCUUCUCCGCCGGCUACAUGGGUCCCAUCGUGCAGUACCUGGCCACCACCGGCGCCCCGCUGCUCGCCAACGUGUACCCCUACUUCUCGUACGUGGACAACCAGGCCCAGAUCGACAUCAACUACGCUCUCUUCACGUCGCCGGGCACCGUGGUGCAGGACGGCGGCAACGCGUACCAGAACCUGUUCGACGCCCUCGUCGACACGUUCUACUCCGCGCUCGAGAGCGCCGGCGCCGGGAGCGUCAACGUGGUGGUGUCGGAGAGCGGGUGGCCCUCAGCCGGCGGCACGGCGGCGACCACGGACAACGCGCAGACGUACAACCAGAACCUGAUCAAACAUGUCGGGCAAGGGACGCCCAAGAGGCCCAGCGCCAUCGAGGCCUACGUGUUCGCCAUGUUCAACGAGGAUAAGAAGGGCCCGGCUGAGAUCGAGAAGCACUUUGGGCUCUUCAACCCGGACAAAUCGCCGGCGUAUCCCAUCAGUUUCUAG